GCCGUCCUCGCCUUCAAGGUCUCACCGCUUCCUCAGCAGAGACCCGGACUCGGCCGCCAUGUCCGCCGCGGACGAGGUUGACGGACUGGGCGUGGCCCGGCCGCACUAUGGCUCUGUCCUGGAUAAUGAGAGACUCACUGCAGAGGAGAUGGAUGAGCGGAGACGUCAGAAUGUGGCUUAUGAGUACCUUUGUCAUUUGGAAGAAGCAAAGAGGUGGAUGGAAGCAUGCCUUGGUGAAGACCUGCCUCCCACCACAGAGCUGGAGGAGGGGCUGAGGAAUGGGGUCUACCUCGCCAAACUGGGAAAUUUCUUCUCACCUAAAGUGGUGUCCUUGAAGAAAAUUUACGAUCGAGAGCAGACCAGAUACAAGGCAACUGGCCUGCACUUUAGACAUACUGAUAAUGUGAUUCAGUGGUUGAAUGCCAUGGAUGAGAUUGGAUUGCCUAAGAUUUUUUACCCAGAAACUACAGAUAUCUAUGAUAGAAAGAACAUGCCAAGAUGUAUCUACUGUAUCCACGCACUCAGUUUGUACCUCUUCAAACUGGGCCUGGCUCCUCAGAUUCAAGACCUAUAUGGAAAGGUUGACUUCACAGAAGAGGAAAUCAACAAUAUGAAGAUUGAACUGGAGAAGUACGGGAUCCAGAUGCCCGCCUUCAGCAAGAUCGGGGGCAUCCUGGCUAACGAACUCUCAGUGGAUGAAGCCGCAUUGCAUGCUGCUGUUAUUGCCAUUAAUGAGGCUGUUGACCGUAGAAUUCCAGCUGACACAUUUGUGGCUCUGAGAAACCCGAACGCCAUGCUUGUAAAUCUCGAAGAGCCCUUGGCUUCCACUUACCAGGAUGUGCUUUAUCAGGCCAAGCAGGAGAAAAUGACCAACGCUAAAAACAGGACAGAAAACUCUGAGAGGGAAAGGGACGUUUAUGAGGAGCUGCUCACUCAAGCUGAAAUUCAAGGCAAUAUAAACAAAGUCAAUACAUCUUCCGCCUUAGCAAGCGUGGACCUGGCUUUGGAGCAGGGCGUGGCACUGGCCUUGUUCAAGGCCCUGCAGUCUCCAGCUCUGGGCCUUCGAGGGCUGCAGCAGCAGAACGGGGACUGGUACCUCAAGCAGCUCCUGAGCGACAGGCAGCAGAAAAGACAGGGUGGUCAGGCUGAUCCCCUACAGAAGGAGGAGCUCCAGUCUGGUGUGGAUGCUGCAAACGGUGCUGCCCAGCAGUAUCAGAGAAGAUUGGCAGCCGUGGCAGCAAUCAACGCUGCCAUCCAGAAGGGUGUUGCUGAGAAGACUGUUCUGGAGCUUAUGAAUCCUGAGGCCCAGCUGCCCCAGGUGUAUCCGUUUGCGGCCGAUCUUUAUCAGAAAGAGCUGGUUACGCUGCAGCAACAGAGUCCUGAGCACAGCCUCACCCAUCCUGAGCUGUCUGUAGCAGUAGAGAUGCUGUCAUCCGUGGCCCUGAUCAACAGGGCGCUGGAGUCGGGGGACAUGAACACAGUGUGGAAACAGUUGAGCAGUUCGGUGACAGGCCUUACCAAUAUCGAAGAAGAUAACUGUCAGAGGUAUCUCGAUGAGCUGAUGAAACUGAAAACUCAGGCACACGCAGAAAAUAAUGCAUUUAUUACAUGGAAUGACAUCCAAGCCUGUGUGGACCAUGUGAAUCUGGUGGUGCAGGAGGAACAUGAGAGGAUUUUAGCCAUUGGUUUAAUUAAUGAAGCCCUGGAUGAAGGUGAUGCUCAAAAGACUCUACAGGCCCUGCAGAUUCCUGCGGCCAAACUUGAGGGAGUCCUUACAGAGGUGGCCCAGCAUUACCAAGACACACUGAUCAGAGCAAAGAGAGAGAAAGCCCAGGAAACCCAGGACGAAUCAGCUGUGUUGUGGUUGGAUGAAAUUCAAGGUGGAAUCUGGCAGUCUAACAGAGACACCCAAGAAGCACAGAGGUUUGCCCUAGGAAUCUAUGCCAUUAAUGAGGCAGUGGAGAGUGGUGAUGUUGGUAAGACCCUGAGUGCCCUUCGUUCCCCUGAUGUCGGCUUGUAUGGAGUCAUCCCCGAAUGUGGUGAGACUUACCAGAGUGACCUUGCUGAGGCCAAGAAGAAGAAACUGGCAGCAGGAGAUAAUAACAGCAAGUGGGUGAAGCACUGGGUGAAAGGUGGAUACUAUUACUACCACAACCUGGAGACCCAGGAAGGAGGAUGGGAGGAACCCCCAGACUUCGUGCAGAAUUCAGUGCAGCUUUCUCGGGAGGAGAUCCAGAGCUCCAUCUCUGGGGUGACGGCUGCGUACAACCGAGAACAGCUUUGGCUAGCCAAUGAAGGCUUGAUCACCAAGCUGCAGGCUUGCUGCCGCGGGUACUUGGUUCGACAGGAGUUCCGAUCCAGGAUGAACUUCCUGAAGAAACAGAUCCCUGCCAUCACCUGCAUUCAGUCACAGUGGAGGGGCUACAAGCAGAAGAAGGCGUAUCAAGAUCGCUUAGCAUAUCUGCGCGCCCACAAAGAUGAAGUUGUAAAGAUUCAGUCUCUGGCAAGGAUGCACCAGGCUAGAAAGCGCUACAGAGACCGCCUGCAGUAUUUCCGAGACCACAUAAAUGACAUUAUCAAAAUCCAGGCUUUUAUUCGGGCAAACAAAGCUCGUGAUGACUACAAGACUCUCAUCAAUGCUGAGGAUCCUCCGAUGGUUGUGGUCCGAAAAUUUGUCCACCUUCUUGACCAAAGUGACCAAGAUUUUCAGGAGGAGCUUGAUCUUAUGAAGAUGCGGGAAGAGGUCAUUACCCUCAUUCGUUCUAACCAACAGCUGGAGAAUGACCUCAAUCUCAUGGAUAUCAAAAUUGGACUGCUCGUAAAGAAUAAAAUCACAUUGCAGGAUGUGGUUUCCCACAGUAAAAAACUUACCAAAAAAAAUAAGGAGCAAUUGUCUGAUAUGAUGAUGCUAAAUAAGCAGAAGGGAGGUCUCAAGGCUUUGAGCAAGGAGAAGAGAGAGAAGCUGGAGGCCUAUCAACACCUGUUUUAUUUAUUGCAGACGAACCCCACCUAUCUGGCGAAGCUGAUUUUUCAGAUGCCCCAGAACAAGUCCACCAAGUUCAUGGACUCUGUAAUUUUCACCCUGUACAACUACGCGUCCAACCAGCGAGAGGAGUACCUGCUCCUACGGCUCUUUAAGACCGCACUCCAGGAGGAGAUCAAGUCAAAAGUAGAUCAGAUUCAAGAGAUCGUGACAGGAAAUCCUACAGUCAUUAAGAUGGUUGUGAGUUUCAACCGAGGUGCUCGGGGCCAGAAUGCCCUGAGACAAAUCCUGGCCCCUGUCGUGAAGGAGAUUAUGGACGACAAGUCUCUCAACAUCAAAACUGACCCUGUGGAUAUAUAUAAAUCUUGGGUUAAUCAGAUGGAGUCUCAGACAGGAGAGGCAAGCAAAUUGCCCUACGAUGUGACCCCUGAGCAGGCUCUGGCUCAUGAAGAGGUCAAGACACGGCUAGACAACUCCAUCAGGAACAUGCGGGCCGUGACAGACAAGUUCCUCUCAGCCAUCAUCAGCUCCGUGGACAAAAUCCCUUAUGGGAUGCGCUUCAUUGCCAAAGUGCUGAAGGACUCGUUACAUGAGAAGUUCCCCGAUGCCGGUGAGGAUGAGCUGCUGAAGAUUAUUGGUAACUUGCUUUACUAUCGAUACAUGAAUCCAGCCAUUGUUGCUCCUGAUGCCUUUGACAUCAUUGACCUGUCGGCAGGAGGCCAGCUCACCACGGACCAACGCCGAAAUCUUGGCUCCAUUGCAAAGAUGCUCCAGCAUGCAGCUUCCAAUAAGAUGUUCCUGGGAGAUAAUGCUCACCUGGGCAUCAUUAAUGAGUAUCUCUCCCAGUCCUACCAGAAAUUCAGACGGUUUUUCCAAACUGCUUGUGAUGUCCCAGAGCUUCAGGAUAAAUUUAAUGUGGAUGAAUAUUCUGAUUUAGUGACCCUUACCAAACCAGUGAUCUACAUUUCCAUUGGUGAAAUCAUCAACACCCACACUCUCCUGUUGGAUCAUCAGGACGCCAUUGCUCCAGAGCACAACGAUCCCAUCCAUGAGCUGCUGGACGACCUGGGCGAGGUGCCCACCAUCGAGUCCCUGAUAGGAGAGGGUGCUGGCAAUUUAAAUGACCCCAAUAAGGAGGCGCUGGCAAAGACAGAAGUGUCUCUCACGCUGACCAACAAGUUUGAUGUGCCUGGGGAUGAAGAUGCGGAAAUGGAUGCUCGGACGAUCCUGCUGAACACGAAACGUUUAAUUGUGGAUGUCAUUCGGUUCCAGCCAGGCGAGACCUUGACUGAAAUCCUAGAAACCCCAGCCACCAGCGAACAGGAAGCAGAACAUCAGAGGGCCAUGCAGAGGCGUGCUAUUCGUGAUGCCAAAACUCCUGACAAGAUGAAAAAGUCAAAAUUUGUAAAGGAAGACAGCAACCUCACUCUUCAGGAGAAGAAGGAUAAGAUCCAGUCGGGCUUGAAGAAGUUAACGGAGCUUGGGACAGUGGACCCAAAGAACAGAUACCAGGAGCUGAUCAACGACAUUGCCAAGGACAUUCGGAAUCAGCGGAGAUACCGACAGAGGAGGAAGGCUGAGCUGGUGAAAUUGCAGCAAACGUACGCCGCUCUGAACUCGAAGGCCACUUUCUACGGAGAGCAGGUGGAUUACUACAAAAGCUAUAUCAAAACCUGCUUGGAUAACUUGGCCAGCAAGGGCAAGGUCUCCAAGAAGCCCAGGGAAAUGAAAGGAAAGAAAAGCAAAAAGAUUUCUUUGAAAUACACAGCAGCAAGACUGCAUGAAAAAGGAGUCCUUCUGGAGAUUGAGGACCUACAAGUGAACCAGUUUAAGAAUGUUAUCUUUGAAAUCAGUCCAACAGAAGAAGUCGGAGACUUUGAAGUGAAAGCCAAGUUCAUGGGCGUUCAAAUGGAGACGUUUAUGUUGCAUUAUCAGGACCUACUGCAGCUACAGUAUGAAGGCGUUGCUGUCAUGAAAUUAUUUAAUAGAGCUAAAGUAAAUGUCAACCUUCUGAUCUUCCUCCUCAACAAAAAAUUCUACGGGAAGUAAUGGAUCCGCUGCCGCCAGCCCAGAAGGAUGAAGGAAAGAAGCUCCUCACGGUUCCCUUUUUCGGUUCCUUCUUUCCUCAUUGGAAACAAAGACCUGGCCCACGACGAAGCCUCAACUCGAUACACUCCCAGCGCCACACUUCUCACCCCUCCCGCUCCGAUGGGACUUCUGUUGCCCUUUCUUCCCAGUGAAAUUGUGUUUCAGGCUUAGUCUGACCCUCUCGUUCCUUCAUUUUCUUCCGUCACUUAGGAAAGAGCGGAAGCUCCACUGAACUCUCUCUCCGUUGUUAAGGUCUGAGAGGCCGCAUGACUCUCUUGUAAGCUUCGGUGUUUGUGUGAAUUAGCAACAGGGGUGGUGGGACUUGAAUUCUUGCUAUUUGGAAGCGGGCGCGCUCAGCGCUAGUAACGGACACGCAUGGGAGGCACACAAACAUCUGCAGUCACUAGGUUUUCAUUUAAAGGUGACGCACCUUUACAUUUCCAUCCCAUUGGUCAAAUGGAAGGAUCCAGGGGCUUCUUGGUUCUCUUCCAUUCUGUUUUCCUUUAUGCGCAGGAGCUAACGGAAAUCACUGUUCUGUGCUCAAAGGAAACCUCUCUAGCAAAGGGGGAGACACGGCUUUUAAACGUCACCAUUAAACAUGAACCGUGCUGUUGGUGUAGCUCUCUGAUCGGCGGCCGGGAGAGGCCCA